UGACGCUCGUCGCCGCGCCAGUAAAUCGUUUCGAGUGCCUGUCGUCGGGAUGCCUCAGCUGGUGCGGCGGUGAGCCCUUUGCGAAACGGUCGAGCGGCGCCCUCGGAGGCCAGUCUUCCCGAAGGAACUAGCAUGGAUUUCGUUCCUUCGCUCCUGCGACGGAUCCUCCUCCGUCCUUCCCCCUCGACCUGAGGCCGGGUAGAUCUUUGGUGGCGCUGCGUGGAUCCUUAGCGAGGAGUAGUGGAUCUUUCAGUGGAUCUUUCGGUGGAUCCAUCGGUGGAGUUUCGGUGGAUCUGUGCCUAAGUGCUCCCGCGCGCCGAUGAGGCUGCGUCGGCUGAUUGAGGGAGCGCUGGAGUCUGCAGUGGAGUGCGUGCGGUGCCAAGGCUCUGCGUCCUGUCAAAGUGAUUUUGGUAGUACCUUUAGGUGUUAGGAAAUUGUCCGUGUCUGCGUGUUUCUGUCCGCGAGUGAAGCCCCUUCGCGCCGGCAUGAAGGGCCCCGCGAUGUAGUGGCCGGAGAGGAGUCGCGAGCCAGCCGACCAGCCUCGCCCCGGAGACCGAGAGCGAGCCAGCAGCGGACCAGGUGGAGUGGCAGCCGAGACAUCGCCCGGAGGAAGAUGGCGAAGCGCGUGUGGAAGUCGAUCAUUCGGCGGAAGAACAAGCCGGUGGGCAACAUGGCCUUCGGCGCCCUCGCCGUCACCCACGAGGAAGAGUGCCCCGUGAUCUUCCGCGUGAAGGAGGCGCCGCCGGACAGCCGGGCGGCGCGGGCGGCCAACAACAAGCGCUUCACCAUCAACCUGGGCGUGGAGGACCUGCCGUCGGUGCCGCGGCCGGAGUCCAUGGCCAAGUUCUACACGGACGACGAGGUGGGCGUGGUCAAGCGGCGGAGGAGCAGCCUCGCGAUCUCCUCCGCCUCCGGGGACGAGGAGGAGGCCAACCCCUUCCUGCUGAGGGAGCACAUGAGGAACGAGGAGGCCUCGAGGCUCGGCCUCAAGGCGCGCCCGGAGACCUGCUACCUGGACAAGGAGGUCAAGCUGCGGGAGAGAAGGAAGUCGCUGUUCAUGGCGCAGGAGUUCCCGGUCAGCAUGGGCGGCGGGGCGGGGCGCGAGCGCGUGCACUCGAAGCGCGACGGCAUGUGCCUGCAGGGCGACCAGUUCUGCGAGGACGUCAAGGAGAACAUCCCUGGCGCCGAGGACGUGCACUCGCCGGGCUCCGACAAGGUGUUCUUCGGCGACGACGCCGCCAGCAGCCCCGCCAGGUCCCCCGAGGAUAACCGCACGUUUUCGCCGAGCAUGCGCCAGGACAUCGCCCUCAGCGUCGCCACGCAGAUGCUGGCGGCCACGGGCGCCGGCGACGGCUGCUCCCCCGGGGAUUUCAUCCACUUCAACAACGAGCUCCCCCCCGUGCCCCCGCCGCGGCCCAAGAGGGACGCCCGCAAGAAGGACCGCGAGAAGGCGGACUCGCCCGCCGCCGGCCAGCAGCUCGCAGAGUCCUCGUCCUUCUCCUCGUUCCAGAGGCUGUCCGACAGCCCCGGGACCCCCGACACCCCCGGCAGCGCCUCCUCCGGCAGGUCCUUCCUGCUGCCGACUGGCAUGGAGUCCCCGACCAUCAAGUCGCGGACGCUGGACUACCGGACGAAGCGCCGCAGCCAGGAUGCGGACGGGUCGCGGCGCGUGUACAAGCAGCGCAGCUCGGACGACCUGUCGCGCGCGCGGAGCCGCGUGCUCGUGCGGAGCGUGAGCGAGUUCGUGGAGCCGAGCGCCAAGCCCGCGCGCCCCGGGAACAGGAGGUCCAACAGCGACAAGCUGAAGCCCCGGAAAGGCGACAAGGACUCGCCGUCGUUUCGCGAUCGCUUGUUCCGCUCCUCGCGGAAGGACUCGGGCGAGGAGGGCCUCAAGACGUCGCGCAGCCUCCCCACGCGCACCUUCGAGCGCUUCAGGAGCGUCAAGGGCAAGGGCAACGGGAGCCGCAUCCGCAAGAGGAGCUCCGGCUGCGCUUCUGACGACGAUGAAGGUGAGGGACUCGACGCGGCCUGCAACAUAAUACGCAGUGGGCCCGUCGCGCUCUGCAACAGGGAACGAACAGCCACAUUGCAGACGCUGAAAUACAGAUGUCAAGGCGGACGCUGCAAUACGGGCGAGGUAUUUGCCGUUGGAGGAAGGGAGGCUCGGAAACAGGAGGGGGGCAGGCUGGCAAGGAGUGGCGGUGGAACGUCGGGGAGACUCCUGACAACAACAAACACGACUCUGCACUCGCCUGCAACACCACACCUGACUCCUGACAACACCACACUCGCGACAACACCCCACUCGACGCCUGACAACGCUAUCAACACCACUCAGCGACCGUCAUCAAUUGCUGAUGGCGCGUUCCUUUAUCUGGCAAUACUCCCCGAAGGAGGUCCUCCUCGGGGCGCCCUCGGGGGUUCUGGCAACAACGUCGACAAGCUAAAAGGACGCCCGCAGCUUCGACCAAAUGUCCAGGCUGGCCAAAGAUAG